AUUGGCACAGUGAAGAUGGUCAGCUGGGGUCGAUUCAUGUGCCUGGUCUUAAUCACCAUGGCAACCUUUUCCCUGGCCAGACCAUCAUUCAAUUUAGUUGAAGAAACCACCUUAGAACCUGAAGAGCCACCAACCAAAUACCAAAUCUCUCAGCCAGAUGUAUAUGCUGUCCUGCCAGGAGAGCCCCUUGAAUUGCGCUGCUUGUUGAAAGAUGCCAUCAUGAUCAGUUGGACUAAGGAUGGGGUACAAUUGGGGCCCAACAAUAGGACAGUUCUUUUUGGGGAAUACUUGCAGAUUAAAGGCACCAUUCCCAGAGAUUCCGGCCUCUAUGCUUGCACUGCUGCUAGGACUGUAGACAGUGAAACCUUGUACUUCAUGGUCAAUGUUACAGAUGCAAUUGCCUCAGGAGAUGAUGAAGAUGACAAUGAAGGUUCUGAGGAUUUUGUCAAUGAUAACAAUAACAUGAGAGCACCAUAUUGGACUCAUACAGAGAAGAUGGAAAAGCGGUUACACGCUGUCCCAGCAGCUAACACAGUGAAAUUUCGUUGUCCUGCUGGGGGAAAUCCAAUACCAAGUAUGAGAUGGUUAAAGAAUGGGAAAGAAUUCAAGCAAGAACAUCGUAUUGGUGGAUACAAGGUACGAAAUCAGCACUGGAGUCUUAUCAUGGAGAGUGUGGUGCCAUCUGACAAAGGAAAUUAUACGUGUGUAGUCGAAAAUGAAUAUGGAUCCAUCAACCACACAUACCAUCUUGAUGUUGUUGAUUUCCUCACCUAUGGAAUUACCAGCAAAGUCUGUAAGAAUUCUUUUUGUGGCAAAAGUCGGGGGAUUGUUAUAAGCAAACAUGUCAUUAUGUACAGAGUAGGAACGGAACGUUAUACAAUUCCAGUGGCCAGUCAAAAAGAUGUAUUCUUUGUCACUCAGGUGUCUGCUGACUCCAGCUCCUCCAUGAACUCCAAUACACCAUUGGUGAGAAUCACAACUCGACUGUCCUCAACGGCUGAUGCCCCGAUGCUGGCAGGGGUCUCUGAGUAUGAAUUGCCCGAGGACCCAAAAUGGGAGUUUCCAAGAGACAAGCUGACGCUGGGCAAACCCCUUGGGGAAGGUUGCUUUGGGCAAGUUGUAAUGGCAGAAGCGGUGGGAAUCGACAAAGACAAGCCUAAAGAAGCUGUUACCGUGGCAGUGAAGAUGUUGAAAGAUGAUGCUACAGAGAAAGAUCUUUCUGACCUAGUAUCAGAGAUGGAGAUGAUGAAAAUGAUCGGAAAACACAAAAAUAUCAUAAAUCUUCUUGGAGCCUGUACCCAGGAUGGUCCACUGUAUGUGAUAGUUGAGUAUGCUUCUAAAGGAAACCUAAGAGAAUACCUCAGAGCCAGGAGACCUCCUGGGAUGGAAUAUUCAUUUGACAUUAACAGGGUACCAGAAGAACAGAUGACUUUCAAAGACUUGGUAUCCUGCACAUACCAACUAGCAAGAGGAAUGGAAUAUUUAGCAUCACAAAAAUGCAUUCACCGAGACUUAGCGGCCAGAAAUGUUUUGGUGACAGAAAACAAUGUGAUGAAAAUAGCAGAUUUUGGUUUGGCCAGAGAUAUCAACAACAUAGAUUACUACAAAAAGACCACAAAUGGACGACUCCCUGUCAAAUGGAUGGCUCCUGAGGCUCUUUUUGAUAGAGUGUACACACAUCAGAGUGACGUUUGGUCAUUUGGGGUGUUAAUGUGGGAGAUCUUCACUUUAGGGGGAUCACCCUAUCCAGGAAUCCCAGUGGAGGAACUCUUUAAGCUGCUUAAGGAAGGCCACAGGAUGGAUAAACCAGCUAACUGCACCAAUGAACUGUACAUGAUGAUGCGGGAUUGUUGGCAUGCUGUUCCUUCUCAAAGACCAACAUUUAAGCAGUUGGUAGAAGAUCUGGACCGAAUUCUCACUCUCACAACUAAUGAGGAAUACUUGGACCUGAGUGGACCUCUGGAACAGUAUUCACCCAGUUAUCCUGACACUCGAAGCUCAUGUUCUUCAGGAGAUGACUCUGUAUUUUCUCCAGAUCCAAUGCCUUAUGAACCAUGCCUUCCCAAGUAUCAACACAUAAAUGGCACUGUUAAAACAUGAAAACAAACAAACAAAAAGAGUUCUCACUUCUUCAAAGAGAAGGACACUUGGGAACCCAGAACACCAACCUACCUACGAUGAGCAGGGAGAUGUUUUCUCCAGGAAUGUGUUGUUUCGGCUUGUAUAUAUGAAUAAUAAGGAAUAAAUAAUACUUGGAGAAAAAAUUGGUCGGGACACGUGUAAGGAUUUAUACAUUUUGAAGCUCUUAACCUGGAAAAGAUGAAUGUUUAUGGGGAGUGGACAGCACCGCCUAGCACACCACAUCAACUUUCUGGCCUGCUGGAAGCAGCAACUGGAAAUUGACUGGCAAUGGACUAUUUGGACUUGAGGAGAACACAAGUUCUGCCUUCCUUGUUUAUUUUGUAAUAUUUGGAGAAAAUAUAUGUCAGCACACACUUAC